AUGUCCCCAAUUCCCGAGAACCAAGACCUCGCCGAAGAAAUCGAAGCGGUCAACGCCAUCUACGAACCCAACACAGUGACUGUAACCCGCGCAUCUCCCGCCAACACCACAAACCACAACACCCUCGACCUAGGAACUGCCGCAAACCCCAACGACAAUGCCUACUCCACAGUUAUAACUCUCCAAAUCCCCGAACACCAGCAUCUAUCUUUCAUCCUCGGCUUCGAACCCUCAUACCCAGACACCCGUCCCGCAGUACUGGGAACCGCAACGACCGCCGCACGCGGCGAGGGCAAGAUCGCCAUCGAUGUACUGGAAAAUAUCAUCCAGCAGACAUGGCAGGCCGGCGCCGUGUGUCUAUUUGACGUAAUAAGCGACGCGGUCGACGCUUUUCGGGAAUUGGACAUAGGCCAAGAAGAAUCCGCCGACUCGUCGGCACCACCACCUGCAGACGAAUCCACUGUGUCGACAGAAGCGUUCGAAGCGCUAUCACUGCGCGACGCAUUUGGGCUCGACGCCCCGCCGGAUUGGAUCCUGUCGGACGUUGUUACGGAGAAGAAGUCUGUCUUUCUGGGUCGCGUUGCGCGUGUUACGUCUUUGGCGCAGGCGCAGGCUUUCUUGGAUCAUCUUUUGGCUACGGAUCGGAAGGUUGCUGCUGCGACGCAUAAUAUUAGUGCUUGGCGCAUUCGGCAGAAGAAGGGAUCUGGGGGUGGGGAGGAGACGCUGGUUCAGGAUUAUGAUGAUGAUGGGGAGACGGCUGCUGGGGGAAGGUUGUUGCAUGUUAUGCAGUUGAUGGAUGUGUGGGAUGUUGUCGUUGUUGUUACGCGGUGGUAUGGCGGGGUGCAUCUUGGUCCGGCGCGGUUCAAGGUCAUUAAUGAUGUUGGGAGGGAUGCUUUGGUUAAGGGUGGAUUUACGAAGGAGAAGGAGGAGACUACGGCAGAGAAGGGGAAGAAGAAGGGAAAGAAAUGA